AUGCAUGGAGAAACCCCUGUGAACAUUGACUUUGGAAUUGAUAAUGAAAUACUUUGUCCAACAGCUUUUCCAAAGGACAGUGCCCAUCUCAAGCCCACAGAUUUAAAUCCUGAUAGGGAAAAUGGAUUGACAAAAAUAGACUUUUCAAGUCCAGCAAGUCCGAACAAGAACGCUGAUCCCAAAAAAGAAAAUCUAAUUAUGUUAUUGAGUGACUUUUACUAUGGACAUUAUAAAGGAGAUGGGCAGCCAAAACCAAAGACUUAUGCAACCUUUAAAUGCCUAUGCUGCUUGAAAUUUCUAAAAAAUGUUAAGUUUAUGAAUCACGUAAAGCGUUAUUUGGAACUCGAGAAGCAGAGGAGUAACAGCUGGGAAAACCCCACCACUUGCCAGCACUGCCACCGCCAGUUUCCCACUCUCCAGCUAGAACUUCAUGUUGACAGUGUGCACACUACCCAGGAGCCCUCUUCUAUCUGUAAAAUCUGUGAGUUGUCAUUUGAAACAGAUCAGGUUCUCUUACAACACAUGAAGGACAAUCAUAAGCCUGGGGAGAUGCCCUGUGUGUGCCAGGUUUGCAAUUAUAGGUCAUCAGCCUUUGCCAAUGUGGAAGCACAUUUCACAAAGUGCCAUGUGAACACUAAAAAUCUGCUUUGUCCAUUUUGUCUCAAAAUAUUCAAAGCUGGAACACCAUACAUGUGUCAUUAUAGGGGACACUGGGAAAGGAGUGUUCACCAGUGUUCUAAAUGUUGGCUUCAGUUCUUAACUUUCAAGGAGAAAAUGGAACAUAAGACCCAGUGUCAUCAAAUGUUUAAGAAGCCUAAGCAACUAGAAGGAUUGCCUCCUGAGACAAAAGUCAUUAUUCAAGUGUCACUGGACGUUCAGUCUGAGUCAGCAAACAUAGCAUCCAUUACUGUGAGCACAACUGACUGUGAACUAUCUUCCCCCAAGUCUAAAA